AUGGUGCGAUGCGACCGCGGGCUGCAGACGCUGCUGACCACGGCCGGAGCCUUCGCCGCCUUCUCGCUCAUGGCCAUCGCCAUCGGCACGGACUACUGGCUGUACUCCAGCGCGCACAUCUGCAACGGCACCAACCUCACCAUGGACGACGGGCCCCCGCCCCGCCGCACCCGCGGCGACCUCACCCACUCGGGUCUGUGGCGCGUGUGCUGCAUCGAAGGGAUCUACAAAGGACACUGCUUUCGGAUCAACCACUUCCCAGAGGACAACGAUUAUGACCAUGACAGCUCGGAGUACCUCCUCCGCAUCGUGCGUGCCUCCAGCGUCUUCCCCAUCCUGAGCACCAUCCUGCUCCUGCUCGGCGGGCUCUGCAUCGGCGCCGGCAGGUUCUACAGCCGCAAGAACAACAUCGUGCUCAGCGCCGGCAUCCUCUUCGUGGCCGCAGGCCUCAGUAAUAUCAUCGGCAUCAUCGUCUACAUUUCCAGCAACACGGGCGACCCCAGUGACAAGCGCGACGAAGACAAGAAAAACCAUUACAACUAUGGCUGGUCUUUUUACUUCGGAGCCCUGUCGUUCGUUGUGGCCGAGACCGUGGGCGUCCUGGCGGUAAACAUUUACAUUGAGAAGAACAAGGAGCUGCGGUUUAAGACCAGACGUGAGUUCCUCAAGGCCCCCUCCUCGUCGCCCUACGCCAGGAUGCCGAGCUACCGGUACCGGCGCCGGCGCUCGCGAUCCAGCUCCAGGUCCACGGAGGCCUCGCCUUCCAGGGACGCGUCACCGGUGGGGCUGAAGAUCACCGGGGCCAUCCCCAUGGGCGAGCUGUCCAUGUACACGCUGUCCAGGGAGCCCCUCAAGGUGACCACGGCCGCCAGCUACAGCCCGGACCAGGAUGCUGGCUUCCUGCAGGUGCACGGCUUCUUCCAGCAGGACCUCAGCAUGCUGAGCCGGAGGACCACGCCCGUGUGA